AUGUCUGGUCAUGGGAAGAAGGCAGCAGGGGCUGCUAAGACCAAGGCCCCCAGGUCCCAUUCUGCAAGUGCUGGGCUUCAGUUUCCAGUUGGCCGCAUUGCGCGCCUGCUGAGGAAGGGCAACUAUGCACCUCGGAUUGGUUCCACUGCUGCUGUUUACCUUGCAGCGGUUCUGGAGUAUCUGUGUGCCGAGGUGCUGGAGCUGGCUGGAAAUGCCAGCAGAGACAACAAGAAGCAGCGCAUCAAUCCACACCACAUUCUGCUGGCUGUGAAGAACGAUGAUGAGCUGAACACGCUGCUGGGUGCGGUCACGAUCAGUGAGGGAGGCGUGCUGCCCAACAUUCAUGCCCAGCUGCUGCCCAAGAAAGCCAAGGCAUCCCAAGAGGGCAAGAAGGAUGUUCAGUCCCAGGAGUUUUAA